UUCCUCACUCAAUUAGUCCCCACCUCUUUUCCCUUUUUCCCUCUUCACCGCCCAAUACCCAAUGCAAAUAAAUUCCCCUCACCCACCACCAAUUCACACAGCAUCACUGCAGCUAUCAAAAAACCAAAAUAUACAAAGAAAAACUGAUUCAUGGAAGCAGUGGCCUUACAGCCAUUACUUAUGGUGGUGUUGGUGGUGCUCCUACAACAUCUACAGCCUGCCACCACCACAAGCACCACCACCACCUCCUCCUCCCCAGGUCAUCAUGCAACUUCGUACCCCGACUUUCAACAUGUGAACAUCACAGAAAUCACUACGGCGCCCACUAAACCAAAUGAUCAAAAUAUCAGUGUUGCUGAUGAUGACGAAGAUGAUCAUCACAAGAACUGGAAGCUGAAGCUAAUCCAUAGAGAUAACAUCUCUUCAACUGAUCGCGAUCACCGCUUCAAGGAGCGCAUGAAGAGGGACGUUAAAAGGGUUGAUAGCAUCCUUCGACGACUGACAAACACUGCAGGCGGCGGUGGAGGUUUUGAUGAGGAGGAAUUUGGGUCAGAUGUGGUUUCAGGUACAGAGCAAGGAAGUGGAGAAUAUUUUGUUAGGAUUGGUGUUGGCAGUCCUCCAAGGAGCCAAUACAUGGUCAUUGAUUCAGGAAGUGAUAUUGUAUGGGUGCAAUGUGAACCUUGUAAUCCGUGUUACCAACAGUCCGACCCGGUAUUCAACCCGGCUAACUCCGCAUCAUUUUCCGGAGUGUCUUGUAGCUCAACCGUCUGUGACCGGUUAACCGAGAACGCGGGUUGUAAUGCAGGUCGGUGCCGGUAUGAAGUUUCCUAUGGCGACGGGUCCUACACCAAGGGGACACUCGCCCUUGAAACACUUACAUUCGGGCGCACCGUGAUCGGGAACGUGGUGAUUGGGUGUGGGCAUAGGAAUCGGGGCAUGUUCACCGGGGCUGCCGGUCUGCUGGGGCUUGGAGGGGGCUCCAUGUCAUUUGUGGGUCAGCUUGGUGGUCAGACUGGUGGUGCAUUUAGUUACUGUCUAGUGAGUCGAGGGACGGGGUCAUCUGGGUCGUUGGUAUUCGGUCGUGGAGCAUUGCCCAUGGGUGCUGCAUGGGUACCAUUGCUUCGCAACCCACGGGCCCCGAGUUUCUACUAUAUCGGACUUUCAGGUCUUGGAGUCGGAGGCAUACGGGUUCCCAUACCCGAAGAUGUUUUCCGGCUAACCGAAUUGGGGGAUGGAGGAGUUGUUAUGGACACAGGGACUGCCGUGUCUAGACUCCCAACGGCAGCUUAUGAAGCAUUUCGCGAUGCCUUUAUCACGGAAACCGCCAGCCUCCCUCGAACAUCGUCUGGAAUAUCAAUAUUCGACACGUGCUAUGAUUUGAACGGGUUUGUGUCGGUUCGGGUGCCAACGGUUUCCUUCUACUUCUCUGGCGGGCCGAUCCUGACCCUUCCAGCAAGAAAUUUUUUGAUCCCAGUGGAUGAGGUGGGAACUUUCUGUUUGGCAUUUGCUCCAUCUCCUACAGGACUUUCAAUAAUUGGGAACAUCCAGCAAGAGGGCAUUCAGAUUUCUUUUGACGGAUCAAACGGGUUUUUAGGGUUUGGCCCCAAUGUUUGCUAAGUUGAAUGCAAAGUGAAUUUUGCUAGACAUAGUCAUAUUAUAUUUGUACAAGUAGUAUAUGAGAGAAUUAGUAAUGUAUUAGUAUCAUGUGGCUAUUGCUCUAAGCUGAUAGGCUUAGACUAAACUUGUCUCCUCUCCUUUUAAGGGUUGUCAAAAUCAUAUUAUAUUAAUCAACUUUCCAUGAUAUAUAA